CUCUCUAAUAGGUUUAUUUGAACAUUUUAAAAAUAAUGGCUUUGGAUUUUCGACGGGAAUGGGUCAAAAAUACCGUGACGCGAGUGUUCGGCCUGAACUCGGACCAUUACUUCGAGGACAUGAUGGCCAGCAACGAAGAGCUGGAAGACAAACUGUCCUGCUACCUCGAGGACGAUCUGUUGGACCAGGAACUGGACACUACAAAUAAUAGAUUUUUCUACGUGUACAGGAAUUCGUUUGAAAAAUUGAUCGAGAAGGAAAUCUUGGUUCCUCAAAUUGUACAAAAAAUCCCCAUACAAAAAGAAGUCGUUGAUGAGGUCUUGGAAAAACCCAAAAAGAAAAAAGGCGGAAAAGAAAAACCCAAAAAAGGAAAAAAAGGCAAAAAAACUCCUGAAGCUAUUGGCGAAAAUGAUCCAAAACCAGAAGAAAAAAUCCUCGAAGAACAAGUGCCAGAACAGCGAGUGGAAUCAGUUCAAGAAACUGCCGUACAAGAUUUGCCUGGCACUGAAACCCCUUUAACUGAAACUGAUGAAGCUUCUACCUUACCAUCUGCUGAUGUUACCGAUGUAGAGACAUCAGAUGUAGAAGAUGCAGCUGGUAAGGGCAAAAAGAAGAAGAAAGGGAAAAAGGACAAGAAGCAUAAAGGGAAAAAGAAGACAGUGGAAGAAGCCGUAAAAGAAGAAGAACUCGAAGAGGAAACAGAUGAAGUCAUUUAUGUCCCAAAAAUCAUCCAAAGAUUAGUAACAGACUACAGCCUCACUGGCGGGUUUGAUUGGAUAUCGGAAGGCACAGUAAACACUGAUAUAAAGUUUGUCUAUUUUUUCCGACGGACUGAAGUGGGGAUUCCAAAUUUUGACGAUAUGGAAGACGCAAACAUUGAAUUGCCCAAGUACAUCAUUAUUGGCUCGGUGCCUAGAAAUUUCAUACAGAACGUUACGUUUUUGACCAGAGAGUUGUUCAUGCGGUUGUUCAGGUCCACUUUCAUGGAACCGAUGCUGAGAAAAGGCAAAGAGGAGGGAUUCGACGAGGAGAAUCCUGACGAAGGCUUUAAGCGAAGGUCUAUGAAGGUAGCGAAUGAGGCUAAAAAACAAAUGGAACGUUUUUCGGUUCAUGCCUCAAUUGCAGUCUCUGAUGAUGAAAAGUCGAAUACGCCACUGAAAGACGAAUUGUUAUGUGAGAUCGGUGCUUUUGGAACCACCCUGCAAUGGGUAUGCGAGCACGUUGAAGACGAUAUAGAUUUACCAAUGGUUGACUUGUCAGAAAUUCUUAAAGCUGAUAAAACAAACGAAGAGCUUAUUCGCGAUCCCGUAGUAGUUGAAGCAUUGGAGGAUGCUGUCAUGGGCUGGGAAAAGCAUAUUAUUAAAGUCAUUGAUAGCUAUUUGGCAAAGACUCCUAUUGGUAAUGGUCCAUUACCCGAAUUUGAUUAUUGGCAUGAGAGAGAAGCCGCAUUUAGCGCUAUAGUAGAACAAUUAAAGAAGCCCACCCUAGUCCACAUAAGUACCCUAUUAUCUAUGGCCCAUUCUGAUAUUGUAGAAGCUUUUAUGCAUUAUCAAAUUGAACUGAAACAAUACUAUGCCGAAGCAAGGGAUAAUGUUAAAUUUUUGUCUACAAUCAAAAGACAUUUGAAGAUUAUAGACGGAAGUUAUGAUUUCCGGAAAGUUAAAGAUAGUAUACCGGAUUUAAUGGAAGGAUUGCACUUGAUUUGGGUGUUGUCAAGGUACUACGACACCGAUGAAGUUAUGGUACCUUUUAUGGAAAGAAUCGUUUGGUGUUUGCUAGAAAAAGUUCGGAAGGUUUUAGAUAGCAAAUAUAUUUUCAGGAAGGUUAUAAGUGACGUAAAAAAGAUAACUUUAGAUGCGGCAGAUAUGCUGGAUAUUUGGAAAGCGUCCUACAUGGCAACGCGGCAAAAAAUUGAGGAUUCUGGUAAGGGGCAGCGGUGGGAAUUUGAUAAAAACAAGUUGUUUGCCGCCUCGGAUUAUAUGGCCAAGGUUUGCAGGGAUAUUCAUAAAUUUGCUAUGACUGUCGGUCAUUUCAAAAAUAUUUUCGGAGCAGAACUAAGAGCAAUCGUGAGCGAUCCGCAAACCAUCGAUAACGUAGCGAAACGAGUCGAUAGAUUAUCAAUUCAAAUCGAAAAUAUAGACUUCGACAUUUUCGACCCAAACUGCAAAGAAAAUUGGGACGCCGUAUUGUCCAAUCAUGACAAAGAAGUCAGAAAACUUGAACUGGAGGGUGUCAAUUUCAUCGAUCAGAGUUUCAAAAUGAUUCGAUCCUCUGAAGCCGCUUUGGAAAUGAUGCUGAAAUUUAAACAUAUAGAGACGCGCGUGGUGAUUCAAAACAAAUUGAUGCAAAAAUUCGACGUUAUUUUGGAUCAAUAUACGAAAGAAAUUUUGGCCGUCGAUGACAACUUUACGAGAAAUAAAAGACACCCAAAUCUGAACAGAGACAUGCCGCCACACGCAGGGGCCAUUUAUUGGGUGCGUUUGCUAUUUUAUAAAUUAAAAAAGCCAAUUUUGAAAUUCCAAAAUGUCGUCGAACUAAUGAACUCUCCUUUAAGAGAAGAAGCUUUUGAUUCUUAUUUGAAAUUGGCUAAAGAAUUACGGGCAUAUGAACAAGCCAAAUUGGAUGAUUGGAUAGAUAGUUACGGACCGCUUGUGGAAAAAGUGAUGCAGCUGGAGGUACUGAAAGUAACUGAAACUACUAAAAAGGCCAAGAUGUUCAAACGAACCAGAAGCUCGUUAGGGCGCAGCAGUCAGCAACUAUUCAGUUCUGUAACUAGUGGGAAUGCAGCUGUCAAAUCUUUAAUACCAAUCAAAACUGGAAAAAAACCGCAAAGACCAUCAUUAACUACUUAUUCGGCUGUCAAUUUGAUGGAGAGAGUUCAUUCUCAAAAAAAUUUAACUUGGCACGAAAUUAUGGGCAACAAUAUUAUGAUCGAUUUCAGCUCGAAAUUUGAUUUGAAUUUUGAUCCGUCGUUAUGGAACUGCUUUAAAUGUAUCGAGACUUUCGAGCUGCUGAAGUUCAAAUUGCCUGAGAAUUUGAGAUUGAUUGCCAUGAGGAAGGAACAGUGUUCGAAGAAUGUUAACGCUGUUAUUAGGAUGUUGAAGAUGUAUAAUGAUAUUAUGGAUAAGUUGACGCCACCACAGGUAAGAAUUUGUAGUUCUGGCAAUAUUUAG